UAAUAGGGCAGUUCCAAUGGACAAAGACAAGCCCUUUGACUGAUACCUGAAGGUAGCUAUAAAGGGCCUGAGUAAAUCAAUUAUCUCCAUGGUUUUCAUGGAGAUUUCUUGAUAUCAAUUUUUUUAAUACGUGUCUCCUCUGAUCCUCUGGAAAUGAAAAUUGACAUCCAUAGCCAUAUUCUACCAAAAGAAUGGCCAGAUCUAGAAAAGAGAUUCGGCUAUGGAGGCUGGGUGAAGCUUCAACACCACAGCAAGGGAGAAGCAAAGAUGGUAAAAGAUGGGAAAGUCUUCAGAGUGGUCCAAGAGAACUGCUGGGAUCCAGAAAUUCGGAUUAGAGAAAUGAAUCAGAAAGGGGUGACAGUACAAGCUCUGUCCACGGUUCCCAUCAUGUUUAGCUACUGGGCCAAACCUCAGGAUACUUUGGAACUGUGCCAGUUUUUAAACAAUGACCUCGCUGCCACAGUUGUGAGCCAUCCCCGCAGGUUUGUGGGUCUGGGGACAUUGCCCAUGCAAGCUCCAGAGCUGGCCAUCAAGGAGAUGGAGCGCUGUGUAAAGGAGUUAGGCUUUCCAGGGGUCCAGAUUGGCUCCCAUAUCAACUCAUGGGACCUGAAUGACCAGGAACUCUUCCAGUUCUAUGAAGCAGCUGAAAGUCUGAACUGUUCCCUGUUCGUGCAUCCCUGGGACAUGCAGAUGGAUGGAAGAAUGGCCAAAUACUGGUUCCCUUGGCUUGUAGGAAUGCCUACAGAGACCACAAUGGCUAUUUGUUCCAUGAUCAUGGGUGGGGUGUUCGAGAAGUUUCCUAAACUGAAAGUAUGUUUUGCACAUGGAGGUGGUGCCUUCCCUUUCACGGUGGGAAGAAUUUCCCAUGGAUUCAACAUGCGCCCAGAUCUAUGCGCCCAGGACAAUCCAACUGACCCAAAGAAAUACCUAGGAUCCUUUUAUACAGACUCAUUGGUUCAUGAUCCUCAAGCCCUCAAGUUGUUAAUGGAUGUCAUAGGCAAGGAUAAAGUCAUCUUGGGAACUGAUUACCCUUUUCCACUAGGAUAAACUCAAAGCCAGUAAUGCUCUGACGUUUUUGGGUCUGGAAAGAAAACAAUUUGAAUGAAUUCACUACAAAAACAAUUUAACUAAAUUCAAGAUAAGAUUUCACUUUUCUUUUUAAAUAUAUAUCACACAUAAUACUAAAAUCCUAUUUGGAACUAUCUUAUCCAGAAAUAGAAUAUCCUCAAAUAUCCUAAAUUAUUCCUAAUGAAAAUUAUUUAUAAGUGUUUUCCUUCUGAAAAGCAGUACAUUAUUUCACAGGCAAAUCAAAAAUCAAUUUUCCAGUAUCUUUUUUGGGUGGUCUGGAGCU